UUUGAUGUGAACACAGGGUAUAUAAAUGCGUAUCUCAUCGCUUUCAUUUGAGUUUAUCAGCUUAUUCUACAACAACGUGAAAAUGUCUCCAGUGUUGCUGAACCUUUCUGUGCUGUUGUCCCUGGGUGUGACCGUGGUUUUGAGUGCAGCCGUCCUGGAGGACAUGCCUCAGGUUGUGUUUCUCUCUAAAGAAGAUGGUUUUCUUCCGUGCACCGCUAAACACAAGCCCGGUGUCCAGUACAGAGCAGUGAGGUGGUACAAGGUUGGAGAGGAUCCAUCUGAUGUCAGUGGCCUUUUGACCAGAAGCUUCCCCAGUGGUUUGGUGAGAUUGUACAGUGGCGUGGAGAGGAAUGUGUCGUUUGUGGAUGAGUCCAACGACAUCUACCUGCCCAACGUAACGUGCAGCGACAGCGGCGUCUACAGGUGUCACCUGGCAGCACCUGUCGGCGAGCAGAACCGAGAGGGGCAGAUCCUCCUCACUGUGCCAGAUUGUCCUGUUGGUCCCACUGAAUACAAACCAUCGGAUACUUACUUGGUUAUUUUCGCUACAGCGGUGCUGAUGUUAGCACUUGUAAUUUUCCUACUAAGCUAUUAUUGUUUGAAGAAUACCAUCAAGGAAAAAAAGAAGACGCCGAAAAAAGAAACUUUUUUGAAUGCAUCCCUCAAACCACUCGACAAGAAGGACUUGAUGUUGAUCUACACUUUGGGUCCAAAGACAUCCACGAUGAAGCAUAUUUGUGUUUAAAUACAACUUCAGGGGGAAGAAUGACUAGCUGCUUUCAUAAUCCCUGCCGUUUAAAUCCAACGUCCGAAAACCAAGCGGACACAAUGUACAGGCUUCAUUGGACAACCCUUUAUUGUUGAUGAUUCCUCUAGCCUUAAAACAUCAACUGACGUCUUGAAGAAGAGGUGAAAAGGGGUUAAACAAAGGUGGGCACAGGGAUCGGUCUUCCUCCACAGACUGUACAUGCGGUGGUCCACCAGAACAUGGAUACAGAUAGACCCAGUCCUCCACUGUCACUGCUGAGGGUCUUCACAGAACCGUGCCUAGGAAGAGGAGACAGUCUAGGUAUCAAGGAGCAAGAAAAAUAGGCAUGUGGAGCAUGUUUGGAUGGCAAGAUAGCCAGCAUGGUGCAUGGCAGCUUGUUGGCUACAGGUGUGUGUUUGUGAAGGAAAGUCAGCAUGUUAAAUACUACUUAAAUGCAUGAUGAACAGCCAUGUUCUGCCUUUACAAAAAUGGGCCUCGAGUAGGUAGUAAAGGAUGACCCACUUUACUGUAUGUAAAUUUGUUUAAUGAGUAACAAUUACAGUUACAAAUUAAAAGUUAAGUAACUUAGUCAUAAGUUAUUUUUAGAAUUUAUUUCGUCAAACCAAGCAAAAGGCAAUGGAGACAUUAAGACUCUCCUGCUUAAGACAGACAACAAGGUACUUCUCGUAACAGGAAAACUAAGACUAGCAGCAAACCUCUGAAUGUGUCGAAAUGAGCGACCUUCAUUUGUCACGAAUUUAAAUGUUCAUGUGUAAAAGGUAGAUGAGGUUAUUUCUUUUUUGCUAGUCUUAGAUUGAAGGCCAAUUAUCAUGAUGGUAGUAAGUCUGUUUUAUCAGCGCCCAAUUACAUUUGUAGCUCAGACCAUUUGACUUUUGGAUUUCUUGGACCUUUUGGAUGAAAGCUGCCUUAGUCCAGCUGCUGUUCCUGCAUUGCAUGCAGAAUGUUUCCAAGGUGUCACCACAUUUUAUUAUGUUUUCACCAAGAUCUAGGUUUAAAAGUAUGCUGAAUUGUAGGAAAUUCUGCAGGUAACAAUGGAAAGAGGGAAUUCAGACGAAAAACUUGAUUCAUUCACUUCUAGACUGCUCAUCCUGUUGUCAAAAAUGAAUGAAUGAAUGAAGAAGAAACGAAUGGAAUUACAGUCCUAUGACCAAAGACAUUCAGGGAUGAGGUAUUACUGAAAAAGCAUGAUUAUCUUCUUUAGAUUAAACUGCUAAUUUGCACUGAGCCAACACAGGUUCCAGCUUUUUGCUAUUAAGGGUUUGGAGUCUGUUAAAUGUUGUAUGUUGUAAUGUCUUUUUGAACAGAAUUUAGUCUUUUUGCUAUGUGAACAAAACUGUGAAGAAAUAGUUUUUGAAAAUCUGAUUUGAAACAUUUGGAGACAUUGUAAAUGUUUAGUUUUGUUUCAUCUGAUCUUUCAAAUACUACUGUGGACAGAGAGUGUGUACAUCACUUUGAAUCGUCUUUUUUGUUUAUCUGUCUGCAUCAUUUUGUCCAUAUGAGUUUUAAAAAAAAAAAAUCCGAGCUACGUGUACACUCAUGAUGAUCACAUUUUUUUCCUUUAAAGAGGAACUGGAAAACCAUGACAUACGCCUCUGCUCUGUCUGCAUUUAUAAUCGUAUUUGGAGAUGUGGGAAAUCCCCAGGUCACUGUAGCUGGGCUUUUUCUAGUACACACUUCUGCUUUGAAAACAACAGUUAAAUGCAAAUGUAAGCAUUAGUUAAACAAUCUACACCCAUCCACUGUGAGAUUAACUACUUCACUGUCUGUCAUAAUCAUUCAUCAAAACUUGUUGUGUUAUGUGGAUUUCAUAUAAGUAGUAAAGGCAGCUAUAUAUUUUCUUUCAUGAAGUUAACAUUGUUUUCUGUUUUUGAAGCUCUUUUAUUUUACAGCAACGAUACAAUAUUAUCGUUAAAAUAUGCCAAAAAAAACCACUUGAACAGAAGCUGCUGCUUAAAUGCUGUACUUGUGUAGUAUCAAGCAUGACUAAAUAAAGUUUGUUAAACACGA